GAUUCUUAAAAAUGAGUGUGCCUAAAAAAUUGGAGAUUUUAAAUUUAUAUAAAAAUCUUUUGAGAUACGGGCAACAAUUAAAAUUUACAGACAGAGAAUACUUUUGCAGCCGUAUUAAAAGAGAGUUUAAGCAAAGUAAACAAAUUACGACAACAGAUAACAUAAAUUAUAAGUUUGAGAAAGGCAUAGUUUUAUUACUUAAGAAGACAGUUUUAUAGUAUGUUAAAUAGAGUAAGACUUGAUUACUUACGUAGCUUUAGACAAUACUCCAGUUUUAAAAAACUAUUAGAUUAUUCGAAAGUACCUGUUCUAAACGAUAAUGAUUUAGAAGAGCAACAUGUUAAAGGAUCAGGUCCCGGCGGACAAAAGAUCAACAAAACAUCCAGCUGUGUUGUGUUAAAGCAUAUUCCAACAGGUUUGGUAGUGAAAUGUCAAGAAACUAGAAUUUUAGAGCAAAAUAGAAAAAAAGCCAGACUACUACUGGUUUCAAAACUAGAUAAUUUAUUGAAUGGAACUGAUAGUAUUGAUGCCCAGAUGAAGAGAUAUGCAGAGAAGAAAAGAACUAGUUACGAAGGUAAAAAAGAAAAGUUGAGACAGUUAAAGGAUGCAUGGAAGGAAAGAGAAAAAAUAAGCUAAUUUAAUGUUUAUUGGUUCUUGCCGUAUUGUUUUCUCUUAAAAAAUGUAAAUAAAUAUUGAAUCUUUCAGUAAUAAAAAGGAUUUAUAUAAUUCA